GUUUGUCACUCAUCGCUUAGCUGGUUUGGCUUGGCAAUGCAAAUCAUGGCGUCGUUUGGCAAGGUUUGCACUCGGCUAUGCACAACGACGACUCAUAGCCACGCUCGCGCGCUCUUACGAGUACCCCAACAAAGCUGCGUUAGUUCUUUAUGGCAAUGUCAUCGACAAAUAUCAUCUUCGCGACUAACAGCGCAUGCCAGCCAACCGAAGCAGCAUCCGACUGGCGCUUCAGACGACCGACAGAUGAGCGGAAGCAACACGUCUACUUCGCAAACCCCACCUAGUAACAAUGUCCUUAUUACAAUUCCUACCAUGCUGACCAUAGGUCGCGUGGCAGCCAUCCCCGUUCUCAUCGCAGCCUGGUACUGGAGCUCGCCGUACUCCGCAGCGGCCACCACAGCCAUAUUCGCGGUCGCAUCCCUGACCGACUGGCUGGACGGCUAUCUCGCACGCAAGAUGAACGCCUAUUCCCCCUUCGGUGCCUUCCUGGACCCGGUGGCUGACAAGCUCAUGGUGGCGGCGGUGCUGGUGCUGCUGGCCUCCAAGCCCCUGGCAGCGGGGCCGCUGGCGGGGAACGACUGGCUGCUGCCCGUGUGCACGCUGGCCAUCAUCGGCCGGGAGAUCACCAUGUCCGCGCUGCGCGAGUGGGCGGCCAGUGCGGGGCCGGAGGCGCGGCAGGCGGUGGCAGUCAACUCGUGGGGCAAGUGGAAGACGGCUAGCCAGAUGGCUUCCCUCACGCUGCUGCUGCUGGUCAAGGACGGCGGGCAGGGACCGCUGGUGGACGCUGCGGCGGGUGCGGGGGUGGGGCUGCUGCUGCUGGCGUCCUGGCUGACGGUGCAGUCGCUGGCCAUCUACAUGCGGGGACUGUGGAGGUUCAUGGCGGCUGCGAGCAGAGGGGGGUCAAAAUAGACCAAACCAUUGGGAACCAGGAGGGGGAGCGGGGCCGGGGAAGGCAUGAGGGAGCUAGCAGGCAGGCGGGAGAAGUAGAGGGCGGAGCUGGGAUUCUUGGGAGGACGAAUGGGGCGGCGGGUAGGAGGAGGAUAGGAGGUUUGGUAGGAAGAAGGGGUGAGAGGGGGUGAAGGAGGAUUCUGUGGACGACAGUAUGUACGACAUGUGACGGCCAUUCAUUCAUGGUAGCGCGUUCCAGGGCAGUGUACGACUGAUGUCUCGGUGGGGUGUAGCGCGGAGGAGGAGUUGGGGCAGCUGGGAUGAGAGCGGUGGAGCGGUACCGAGGUGGGGGUUACAUGUAACUCUCUUCCAUGACAGGUGGGCCUCCAGGUCUCGUCCUUUACAUCCUUCACACGCUGCAGCUCGUGUGGGGUUGACC